AUGAAGAGUUUUUUGAUACUAAUUGUUUUGUUGGGACUGUAUGGAGAAGUGUCGUGCCGCUACAAGAGCCGCCACUUUCACUCGAGGCAAUCGAAGAAGUUCAGCAAUGUAGAGAGGGUAUUUCAUGGAACUGAUAUUGUCAAUCCGAAUGCCCCAGAUACCAAAUACAACGACGCUAUCGAAGAUCCAUCAGUUGGAAUCGUCGUCUCAAUAGAGUUGUAUAUACACGAAAGAUUGGACAUAUUUUUCCACGCCAAAAAAACACAAGCUUCCAAGGAGGUUAUCCCGCUUCACAUAUCGAUCCGUCCCAACGAGGAUGCUAUUGUCUUCAAUUCCCUAAUCAGGGACAAGUGGGAUCAUGAAGAAAGAAGAAGGCUUCCUUUUGAAAUUCAAUCUUUGGUUUUGAUCGAUGUGAAAUUCGAUUAUACUGGUUUUUUGGUUACAAUUAAUGAUGAGUGGCUGAAAAUGUAUGAGUACCGGUACCCAGUAACAUCAGCGAACUUUCUAACCAUCAAAGGUGACUGUUCGAUGCGCUCGGUUUCCAUAUUUGAGGAGAAGGGAGAGGAGACAAUAAAAGCAGCCGAAUACCAGCAGCAGGAGACGGAGGAAACGGAAAAAGAAGCCUUGACCAGAGACAUGUACUGGCUACACCAGUCCUGUUCACACUCGCGUUCGUUUGCGAGCAAUCCAUACCUGGAAUAA